CAAGAGGAGCAAGCAUUAGAGAACGUGGGGAGCAUGAGAAAUGCACGGAGGUGGAAACGCCGGAGUGGCUGGCGGGUAAAGGCAGAGGGCGCAGAUGAAGCGGGCUGGGCGUCCCACGCGCAGAACCGUCCCGGACACAGGCCGCAGGGGCUGCGCUGGCUGGAAAAAGGAACGCGAGUACAGCGCGCGUGGCGCGGGGUCUGCUCCAGGACGGAAUCUUUUGGGUGGCCCGCAUGAGGGGUUUGCAGGACCCCGGGCCUUUGGGAAGUUAUCUGCUAAACUCCAGUAGACCCUGAGGAGCAGCGGCUCAUGAAUCUUCUUAAACUUCUGUCAUCGGCGGCUGGGCCAGCUGAAGGUGACCAUGGUACACGAGGGAGAGAGAAACCCGCGAGAGGCGGAGAAUUGUGGGGUCGUCCAGGAGGGUCGACAAGGCAAAGAACCUGAAGACCACCCAAAAGGGUACCUAGAGUUGAACUUCCUCUCUUUUUAGAAGAAUGGAUUUCUCGGAGUCCGAAAAAUUUAUGGUUCUUCUCUGGAAGAAUUUUAUUUUAAAGAGGCGGCGAUGUAUUGCUUUAGUUGUGGAAAUGGUCCUCACAUUUCUGUUUAGUGCUGCACUUUUGGCAACACGCUCUGUUAUUACUAUAAAGAAGAACGGACCUUUCGAUUUCGCUGCUCAGCCUGUCGAUGAAGUGCCCUUCUACAUCACAGCUUCCUUAAUUUCUCCUUCUCCUUUGGAAUUGGCUUACGUGCCUUCCAGAAGUACUGUGGUUCAGGGUAUUAUUGAAAGGGUGAAAAUGGAUUUAAACCCCCAAAUGAAAGUUCUAGGCUUUUCCUCAGAAGAAGAAUUUGAAGAUUACGUUAAGCAAAUAAAUAACUCUAAAAACGUUUUGGCUGCUAUUGUUUUUGACCAUGACUUCAAAAAUAGCAAUGAUCCCCUGCCACUGAAGGUAAAAUAUUACCUGCGUUUUAGUAAUGAAAGGAAGAGCAAUAUGCUGUACGAUGUUUAUGAAGAAGAAGGCUGGUUGACAAAUUUUCUCUUUCCACCUAUCCCUUCGGUGGGACCCAGAAACUGUGAUGAAAAUGGAGGGAGUCCUGGGUACAUCAGCGAAGGGUUCCUGUUUGUGCAACACUCCCUGGAUAAGGCCAUCAUGCGAUAUCAUAGCGGCCAAGCUGCAGAAAUGCUGUUUAACAGUGUCAACGUUUUUGUUCAGAGAUUUUCCUACCCACCGUAUUACCACGAUUUCUUCCUUAAGUUUUCUGGUAUUUUCAUUCCUUUAGUACUUGUAUGUAUCUUCUCUCUAAAUCAUCUCACCGUUGUUCAAUCCCUUGUGUGGGAAAAGGAAAAUCGACUGAAGGUUGAACCUGCACCAGUCAUCCAAAGCAGUGACCCAACGCUCAUCUUUAUCUUUUUGCUGUUUUAUGUCAUCGCCACAAUAUGCUUCAGCUUUAUGGUUAGCACUUUCUUCAGUAGAGUGAAUAUUGCAGUUGCUUUGGGAGGUUUGUUUUUUUUCGCUGUCUGUUUUCCAGCUUCUGGCCUCCAUCUCUACUAUGGAGAGAUGACACUUAUCCAGAAGCUGGCAGCCUGUCUCAGCUCAAAUUUUGCAAUGGCAUUGGGAGUUAAAUUUCUAGCUGAUGCAGAAACAUGGAGAAUUGGACUUAAAUGGAAUAACAUCUUCUCAUCAACUACACUGGAUAACUUUUUUUUUGCCUAUGUGCUGGGAAUGUUUUUAUUUGAUGCUUUCUUGUAUAGCCUUGUGGCCUGGUAUAUAGAAGCUGUCUUUCCAGGAAGCUAUGGUGUGCCCAAACCAUGGAACUUUUUCUUACAGCGCUCUUACCGGUUUGUGGAACCACCUGAGAAAAAAACUGAAGAAAAUCAAUUUUAUGAGAAAAUGCAAAGCAAGUAUUUUGAAGCUGAACCUACUGAUUUCAUAGCAGGUAUCCAGAUCAAACAUUUGUGCAAGGUAUUCCAAGGGCACAACACUACCAAAAUAGCUGUAAGGGACUUGUCUUUGAAUUUAUAUGAGAGGCAGAUCACUGUUCUUCUAGGACAUAAUGGGGCAGGAAAAUCUACCACUCUAUCCAUUCUCUCAGGUCUCUAUCCUCCUACAAGUGGAAAGGCCUAUAUUAAUGGAUACGAUAUCUCAAAGCAGAUGGUCCAGAUUAGGAAAUCGCUGGGCUUGUGUCCCCAGCAGAACCUGUUGUUUAAUUACUUGACAGUAUCAGAACACCUUCAUUUCUAUUGUGUGAUAAAAGGAGUACAAGGAAAGAUGACUCCUACGGAAAUUGACCACAUGCUGACUACUUUUAACCUGCUAGAAAAGCGUAAUGAAUUGUCGAAGUCGCUGAGUGGAGGAAUGAAGCGCAAACUCUCCAUCAUUUUAGCACUUAUAGGGGGCUCCAAGGUAGUGAUACUUGAUGAGCCAACGUCUGGCAUGGACCCAGUCUCAAGGAGGGUCACCUGGGAUCUCCUGCAGCAUUUUAAAAAGGAUCGUACCAUCCUACUGACCACCCACUACAUGGAUGAAGCUGAUGUUCUGGGCGACCGCAUAGCCAUCAUGGUCAAGGGAUCCCUGCGGUGCUGUGGCUCUUCAAUUUUCCUGAAAAAAAUAUAUGGUCUCUCUCUCCUUGAUUAUCUUAGGAUAUUGAUGCCUUAAUAAUAUUCUUCAAACAUAUGUUUCAUUGUUUUUUUCUAGGUACCCAAAACUUCAGUGCUUCCCUCUGUUCUAUUAAUUAGGAUUCAACUAUGAACCCUAUGAAAUAAUACCCCUUUAUUUCAAAAUUAUUUUCUUCUUUUAUGUUUAUUGUAUUAUCCAAAAUUUAUGUUCAUUUUUUCCAUAUGGCUUCUACUUAAAUUGUAAUUUGCCCAAAUGUAUUUGUGCUUUCAAAGAAAGAGAUAGAUAAAUAAAGAGAUAGAUAGAUAGAUAGAUAGAUAGAUAGAUAGAUAGAUAGAUAGACAGACAGACAGACAGACAGACAGACAGGUUGAUGGAUCAUAAGGGAAACAUAGGGAACCAAACAUCUCUGCUCUGUUUCUUGUUUUUCAAAGAAGUACUAAAUUGCUUCUAUAUGCGCAGAAUAAUUGAUUACAGUACGAAAAAUGUUUCUAAACUGUAAAAUACCAAAUAUGUCCUAAUAGCUUCCUUACCUUUUUAAGGCCAUUAUUCAAAAUUACCUAUACGCCAGUCUUCUUUGACUCCUUAAAUAUAAUUUUGACACUAAAUAGUUCCAUGACUCUAGAAAGUUUUUUUGAGCCUGUUUUCAUCAGUUCAUCUCUCCCAGGGGCAAUUACUUUCUGAUUUUAUUACCGUAGAUUAGUUUUGCCUGUUGUCGAAUGUCAUAUAAAUGAAUUAUCUAUUAUAAUUUUGUUCCUGUUUUCUUUACUUCAGCACAAUAUGUUUGAGAUAAAUCUAUAUUGUUGCACAGAUCAAUUGUACAUAACUUCAAAUCUUCAUAGAUUUUUAUGUUGUUAUAGGUCAUUUCCAGUAUAUGAUAUAUGAUUUCAAAUAUCAUAAGCAAAUGUGCCAUGAAUUUAAAGAUCUUUCUUGGUUAAAAAUCCAUCUUGUGAACUUAAAGAUCUCUCUUGCUUAAAAAUUCAUCUUGGAUAAAAUUACUUAGUAGUGGAGUAUUUUGGUACUGACUGGUGGGGUACUUGGUCAAAAAUUAUGUGUAUGAUGUUUUGAAAGGUUCUUCAAACUGCUUGUAAUAUUUUACACCAGCCAGCGCGUUUGAGAUUUCCACUUACUCCAUACCCACACCAACAUUUUGGUUUGCCUUUUGAAUUUUAGUCAUUCUGGUGGGUGUGAAACAGUUAUCUCGGUGUUUUUAAUUUUCAUUUCCCUGAAGAAUAAUUAUAUUGAGUUCAUUUUCAAGUAUAAGUUGGCUAUUUGUAUGAAUUCUUUUGUGAAGUGUUUAAGUCUUCUGCCCACUAUUAAAAGUUGGUUGUUUGUCUUUUUUAUUG